AAAAAAAACUAAAACGAAUAUUUUAUUUUCUACAUUUAAAAAAUCUAACUGCAUUUUAAAAACAAUGACUUUUGUUACCGGUGUUAGUGUAUCAAAAGAGCUCGUCCGAAGUCCAAAGAAGUUUAUUAUAUCGAAAAAUAGUGAAUACAAUGUGGACUUGUGGAAAGAAUUGACGAAAAAAUGGCUCGUUAUCGGCGUAUUUAUUGUGAUAACAUUGGCGGUUCUAACACCUGGGAUAGGCGCAUCAGGAGGUAUUAUCCACACGGAAUACACGUCGUAUCUACUCCUUUCAUACAUCUACUAUUUGGCGGGAAGGCAGACUGUCCUACCUAUAAAAUUACCGACCACCGUCAUUCUGAUAACGUGCGUGCACACUCAUAUUGUUAUACCUUGUAUACACGUGGUCAUCGUGUCGGCUAUCAGAGACCUGACCGAUAUCGGUAUUGUUAAAGGGGCGUUGUAUUCCUCAGUUGGUGCUCCGACCAUGUGGCUGUCGAUCACGUUGAGCGACAGCGACGCUGCGGCCGCGGUGGUGGCUUUCAACUACGUCGCGUCGCUUGUAGCGAUACCGCUGUCUUUGUUUAUACUGUGUGGUCACCCAUCGAAGCCAGAAACGAAGGUGCUUGUAACGGUCGUAUCGGCAGUAGCGCCGUACGCUAUAGGUGUGUACCACGCGAAACGGCACGGCUCCACGAAGCGCAGCGUGACCGAAGCGAGAACCUAUGCCCUCGUUCUCUUAUAUGUGGAGUGCUGUCAGUACUUCGACAAUGCGGGCGGCGUCAUGAAGGUCUUCGACUUAUUCGCCAUCAUUCUGCUCGUGUUCACAUGUCUGCUAACAAGUACGACAGCUUGCUGGGUGUAUGCUCGCUGCGGACUGAUUGACGGCGAGCAUUCGCGUACGAUCGCUUUGUGUUCGAUGUCUAAGUCAAUUGAGUUUGCUUCGUGGAGAUCGCAGUGCGCGAUAUCCGGGGCUUCGAUGAUGUUAGCUGCGUUACCCGCGCGAGCCCUCGUACUUGCUGUCAUAUCAGAUGGCGAAAGGGCGUCUUCACCAGCGCCGGAAUAACAAGUAUAUCUAUACUAAUAUAUAAAUCUAUAGUGGUUUCUACGGAUGUUCCGUUAUAACUACUGAACCAUGCUUCCGAUUGAUUCGAAACUUGGUAUCGAUGUAGAAAAUACAUGUACUUAAUGGAUAGGCUAAUAUUUAUAUGAGUGUUGGACUCCCUAUACCAGUUGCGGGGGCGUUAAUGAUGAGAAUCUUUGUGGGGGUGAGAAAUAAUAAUGUUAAUAUUAAAUGCCCAGCGAAGCGGACGGGUACAGCUAGUACCUAAUAAAUAUAUGUGGGAUUGUAGGGCGAAACCUAGUGGUGGAUUUUAACCUACAUUGUAACUUUAAAAUUUUAAUAAAAAAAACUUGUCUCAUCUUAAUCUUAGUCGAUGAAUGAUAAUUAAAUUCAUUAUAAAACAAAUCUAGUAUACCAGUGUGAACUAAAUAAUAAAAAAUACCGAUUUU